AUGAGUACUUGGGCGCAAUUACAUGACGCUCAUGAUUUGGAAAUAUUGAAUAACACCUUACGUACCUUUGCUAGUCCUGAAUCCGAUCCCGAUUCUCAUACCGCAGCAAAAACGAAGAAUCUUAGAAAGUUGAGAGACGACUAUCCCAACCUUC